GGCUCAAGCAGUGGACCAGAAAGCAAAAAAAAAGAAAGCACAGAAAGAGACCGUGAUUUACCAUCGGCUGGAUGACAGAUGACAAGAGGUGUGCCUUCUCCAGGCUCUUCUUUCACUGCACCCAUGGCUGCAGCUGGCCUCUUUUGGGGCGCCAUGCUGGGUGGGGAUAGUGCCGAGUCAUCGGUGUGCAGCACUGGAGCCGAGCCGGGAUUUGGUGUGCCACCGCCAAAGACUUUUGAGCCUCCGCCAGGGUCCAAAGUAGUUCCUCGGAAGAUCUUCUCGCCAGCUAGAUUGGAGCUGUCGGACAAAAGGACGGAGGAGGGACGGAGGCCUAUUCAUCACUACCUCGCCCGUUCACGGAAGCCGUUUUGGUGUGAUGCUGAAGAACUAGCCACGCCUCCUCGGAUCUACGUGGAUCAGAAGUCCGUUUUCCGUGAGAUCGCUUCGGUCACACAGCUGAGACGUGGCGAUCAUUGCAUGAUUACUUUAAAUGUUUUGCGCUGCUUGAGCCCAAAUAUCGAUUAUUUUGUCAGUUUGAUGGGAUCCUUGGAACUGUUUCAUUUAUAUCAUCACUUUGUCAUUUUGGACGAUGUGAGCCACGUGGAUGAGUUUGGCGUUCCCCGCACAAAGCAGGACAAAAUCGUGCAUAUCAUGGAGUAUUCCAACACAGUGGAAGGCUUUGUAGAGGAGUUGCGUGUAAAGAGCUUUGGUGCAUGGCACAGUUUUCCAAAGAUUCUCUUCGACUGCACUCUAAAGAAGGCUCGAUGUGAUCGGGUUCCACUUGCCGACUAUGGUGACAUGCCUCAUAUUUUCCGAAUGGAGGAGCGGCUCACAGAGCAGCAGAGAGAACGCAUUGUACAUGACGCUGAAAAGUUGAUCGAAAAUCCUCGGGCCUACAACGUUCUUUGUGCCAACUGUGAGCAUACCACGAACUUGGUCUCUGGAAAACAGCAGUUUACGUCGCCAGAAGUUCACUUUUUCAUUUGGAGCAUCUGCCGAUAUCUUCUCACGAUCAUUGGGCUUGCAACACUUCAUGUUGUGACAAUGCAAUGCUACAGCCGGUAUUGCUUGCAAUAUCCGUUAUGGGCUUUGGCUGCGUAUUAUCUUUGUACAGCUUUGCCAGUCCUUGCCCAGAUCAUUGUGCAAUAUGGUCGCCUCGCGAACACGGUCUACCACGGGUGGCGAAAAAGUUUGAUCUCCAGAAAUGAUGUCUACCACCUCUUGGUCAAGGAGCUUUGCCGAGCCAUUUUCAACGGAGCGCUUGCUUUCGGGUUUCUUUUGUGGGCUCCCGACAUGUUGCAAUUUGCGAACCAAAGGUAUCCUGUGCGCAUCUCCAUCGCCAUUGUGUUUGCUUACUUUGCCAGCGACGCGCUCUUCGCACUCUUAGCGCAGGUCGUGACACGGAUCCUGCUUCACAAGUUUGGCAGGUUUUGGCUCAUUGGUGGAAGUGACCACACGUGGAUGGCGGACUAUAAAUACCCCAGGCUCACCUGCUGGAGGUGCCUGCCACAAAGGAAGGACCUACUUCAAUGCGGCAAACAUUUUGUGAUCCACCGUUUGUGAGCCACCGGAUUGCAAAAUGGAGAGGAAGAAGGGGAUAUUCCCACUGCAGCAGACAUCAUGUGAGUCACGCGAAGCUAAAAUUUAGAGCAAGCAGUAGCAUACCGUUUGUGAGCCUUGCAAGGAUAGUGUUAGAAGGGCAAGGUGCCCAAUCUAGCGGGCGAAGUGUCAGUGAAAUGCAACAGUCCUUCUGUGAGGCACCCUGCAGCUACUUUAUUUCGUGUUUGA